AUGUCCGGAGUAAUACAGCAGUUUCCGGUAGAGAAGGAGUACGAGAAGAAUCGCGACAUCAGCCCAGAGGACGUCAGGAAGCUGAGGGAGUGGAUGAAGACUCAGCCACAUCUACCGGAACAGCACUGGACAGGUUAUGGAUGGAAGAUAAAGAUAGCGAUCAACUCUAUAACCUAUGAAUGCAUGCUGGUUAAACUUAAAGAAGAACAUUUUACGAACGCUCCCUAUUUUAUUGACAAAGUACUGAACAUAUUAAAGCCUUUUAUAAAGAAUGAAUUGAUGCAAAGUCUUUAUAUACACAAGAGGGAUUCAGAGGAUUUGUAUACGUUUGUGCAGAAAGAGACUCUGCCAAAGGAAUGCGGUGGGGAGUAUAAGGAUUUAUUAACUUUAAAAGACAAUGAAAUCAGUCGUCUGCAAGACAACAGAGAAUUCUUCGUGAGAGAGAAUCUGCGGCGAGUGGACGAAUCGCUACGGUCGAACGGCAAAACCAAAACUAUUGAGGACGUCUCCGGCAUUCAAGGCAGCUUCAAGAAAUUAGAUAUAGAUUAGAAAUUACAAAAAUGUUUAUUUUUUUUAAAUGUCAAAUUUAUUAGGCAGUCAAGUAGGUUCUAGAUUUUUUUUGUAGACGUUAUCCAGUACCAAGACAUAGACAUAAGGAAGUGCAACGGAAUGUUUGUAUGUCCGUUCAAUAUCCUUUUUUCGAAAAAUCAAAAUACAAAAGAUUUUAUAUUUCGCAUAUUACGUUACACGCAACAGUCCGAUAAUUUUUUUUAAACAA